AUUAAGUGUAAGCGUUAUCGGUUUCUCGAGCUGCAUGUACCACUGUGGUCAGAAACACGUCAAGAGUAAAACAAAUCAGUUGUGAUUGGAUGAAGGCAACGACUGUAGGAAGAGUUGUAAACGUAAUAUCAACCAAUAGGAUUUAGUUCAGUGACCGAAUUUCCACGGAUAUAAUGAGCACUUCUUCGAACUCUAGCUGGUCAUCUUCGUUCAAGUAAUAAAUUUAUUCAUCGAGGGCCAUUGGCAAACCAUUCUUAGUCUUCUUUACCGUGUAUACAUCACAUCGUGGCUUCAGAAGUGGGACCAAAUGCUUUACUUUGAAAACGGGCUCGAAAUAUCUCAAGGUAUUUUUCGGUAUAGUUUUAUGGCAAGUGCUGUGCCUUCUCUCCUUAUCAUCUUCGGUAUUGGGAAAAGUUUUCUUUUUCUGUGAAUAUCCUUUCGUGAAUGACACUAGGCCUUUUUCUUUCAAGUCAUACGAGUGUUAAACAUCGAGGAACAUAAUCUUUUGUCUCAUUUUUAUCGUUUUACAGCAAAUUGAGAGUCGUUUUCGGAUUAAAAAAAUUGAAGAAAAAAUCAUUUUAAAAGAUUUUAUCAAAUCUGUAAGUUAGUAACCUUCCGAAUUCUUUGUAAUGGCCCAAGGGUCUACGAGAAGAUUUUGGCUCGGGCUCACCAGGGCUUUUGCGUCUCAGGCCUCAUUCAAUGAACAACCUUGCCAUUUGAUCAGUGCCUCAAAGACUUCAGCAUCAUCGUCAUCAUCACCAAAGUCGAUGUUGAUUUCGGAUAGAAGGAGAUGGUCCUCCCCUCUCCAUGUGCCCACCCGAAGUAUUCUAACUAUUCAUCGUGAAAACCCCAACAUAGAAAGAGAAGAAUCAGCAAGAAAACAAUUGACAGAGUCGAGUAUUCUGAGUCCAGAGCAAGCCACCAAAAUUAGUCUACGAUCAGCCAGACCUGACGAUUGUGGUGGAAUUAUGAAGUUACUUCGUGACUUCGCCGCAUGGGAGGAUAGUCUGGAUAACCUUGAAAUCACAGAAGAAGACCUUCUUCGUGAUGGUUUCGGUGAUUUGCCAUUUUACCGAUGUGUGGUGGCCGAAGCACAGGGAAGGGAUGACGUGACGUCACUUGUAGCUUAUGGAAUGUACAACUUUAUCUACUGUGCUUGGAAAGGGAGGAUGGUUACAUUUGAGGAUAUCUAUGUUCACCAAGCUUAUCGAGGUUUCGGACUCGGUGCAAUAGUACUACAUCAAGUUAGUAAGCACGCCUACAACCUCGGUUGCCGUCGGGUAACCGGCUACGUAGACGACAACGACCCCAACCUACCCCGCUGGUACCAGGGAUAUGGCUUCGUUGAUUUCUCUCGUCAGUUCGACUACCAUAUCUACUCCCUCUCUGACGACCCCCUGGAAAAGUUUGUUCACAACCAUGACCCAUUUACGAAACCAAACAAUCUAGGGCUGGAUAUCGAUUCCUUGUUAUGAGAGUAAAUAUUUAGAGGCGGAUCCAGGUGGGGGCACAUCCUAUAUCCACCCCUUCCUCCCCCUUGAAAUCGCCAAAUAUACAUUUUCUAGUGGAAAAUGUAGUGCAAAAUGGAGACUUAUUUUAUCAUCUCGAAAGUUUUUUUUGUUGCAUAGAUCACCAUCAUUCAGAAGUUAAGACCCUUAUAUUUUCCUUUCUUUUUCUUGCCCAGUUUUUUUUUUACAAAAAUACCCCCCCCCCCUCCCCUGGAAAACCAUGGAUCCGCCUCUGAAAUUAUUUAAGAGGAACUAAAUUAUAAAAGCGUCAAUUAUCUGGUUUAAGACUUACUAUCACACCAAUGAAACCAACCCCUGAUCUAUUACUUUAUUUCCAUUGACAAACCAUCGGUUAGUUUGGAGUCGGUUUCACAGGGGUAACUGUGAUAAAGAGCACAGAUAUAACAAUGUUAUUAGACAAGAAGAUGAAAAAUACUUGACGAAAGUACGAGAUAAACCUAAUGGAUCUCGUCAUACUUUGUGGGGACGCAGAAUAAGAAGAAAUUAAGUCAUGAAAAUUAAUCCCAUUUCUUGUCAAUUCAAGACGACAAUCAGGAGAAGAGAAAUUAACAUAUUAUUGGUUCCCUAUUAAGGAACCAAUCAGAAUAUCUUAAUUUCCAUUAAGGAACCAAGAAUAGACUAAUUUCUCUUCUCUUGAUUGCCGUCUUGAAUUGAAAAGAAAUGGGAUUAAUUUUCAUGAUCUUUAACAUUGAUUGACUCGCCGAAUGAGCAAUGGUUUCGAUUAUAUUUGUUUUAUGAAGUCAUCCUUCGAAGAACAAUGAAGAUUUUUUUUGUCUGUCCCAUUUCUGACUAAGUUGACUCAAUGAAAUCCAGUCUUGCCUUCUCGAAUUUUGACAAAAUCUUAAAUCUUCUUGUCUUUCAGUUACCAGUCAAAACCAUCAUGACACACCCCAUGCAUAGUAUUGUUUAUUACAUUUGUCUGUUAGCAAGUAUCGCAAGCUUUUGUUUGCUCUUUCAGUUUCGCGGGUCGAAGCAUAAAUUUCUACAGAUUUACUUGUGUUCAUAAUGUGAUCGGUGCAUUCUCCAUGUAAAUUUUCUUCAAACAUAAUUAUUUGAUUCUAUAGAUGUGGUAAAAAGUAAACGUGAUAAAGUAUUAUAUAAGAGCAGUUUGAAACUUAUUUUUUAGGAUCAAGAUUUGUAUAUUUGAAUUCUUAAAUGUAUACAUUCCAAACUGGAUUGAUUGAACAGAAUCACAAAUAGAAAUAUUGUCAUAUUUCAUAUAAUGUCCUUCAUAAUUCAAUACUAACUGACAAAAUCAUGAACUUGAGCGUGCGUGUAUUUUAUUUUUAUUAUUAUUUUUUUUGGGGGGGUCUUUGGGUUAUGAAUAUAAGUGUCUCGUUCUGCAUCUUAUUUUUCCUUCAUUUCACUCUGAUUAUAAUACAUUAUGAUUUUACUUUGUUUUGAUCCAACACCUUUUCCAAACCUAAAUCAAUUGACUCAUCUUCUGCUUGGCCCUCAUCUAUUCAUAAUUUCAUUCAUUCAUGGAUCUCACGUUUAAUUUCAACUCGAUAAAAUGGUAAAAUGGCUGAAGCACUCUAUGAAUGAGGUGUGCGUUGUGACGAAUUCGUAACUUGAUCAUUUUGAAGAGAUCAAGGGCAGGCUUUCGUUAUUUGAUAUACAACAAGUUUUGGUUUUAUUUUUUGUACUGGUCUCUGACCUAUAACGCGACGAUGCCAAGGAUGUCUAACCAAUUUUGUGUAUUUAUAACAAAAUAAAUCAGUAUGCAUAUCCGCCACCUUGAUACACUAAACAUGGUAAUAUGAUCAUAUGAGAAAUGUAUGCUCCUAUAUACACCCGGAUGUUUUCUACUAGAAUCUGUAUACAUGAUUUCACCAUCGUUCCCUCCAUAAUAAUUAUUAAUUAAUACUCUACAUUAAAUAUUACCAUGCAUGUAAGUUUAAACCGGACGUAGAUGUAAAUAAGAUUGCUCAGCGGAAGUUAUUUGAUUUAUGAAAUGUUGCGGAUAAUAACCGUGAGAUAUCUUGUAUCCGAUUCUUCCCUUUCCGGAUAAUUCGCAAGAGAUCUGAGUGUCUGAUUGCAAUUUUAUUAGUCAGGGUAUUUUUACCUGAAACAUAUCAAAUGAGAUGCACGUAUACGCCGCUUUUGGAGAUCAUUUGAGCCCCUUUUCUAAUUUUCGAAUUGUAGGCUUGCACACUACCGUGUGAGUAAAGCUAAACUUGACACCUCGCAAGUCCCUAAAUUAAGGAGAAAUGUGAACACAUAAUUAUUAUUCACGGCCUGAAAGAGUACGUUCUCCCAAAUAAUUUGAUUGUUUUGAUACCAUAAUUAUGUGGUAAGUGUUAAUUGCCAGGAGGUAUACUUUUCAGCGAUAUAAAUUUUGAUUUGUGCCAAAUUAGGACACUACUGCGAUGAAUAAAUCCAGAUGUUACUAGUGUCAUAAUCCUACAUUGUAUUGUAGUCCAAUUAGUAUUGCAUUCAUUUCAACACAUCUUUUCAGUAAUUAUAGUGUUUAAUACACCCAUUUUAGUACCAAUUCUCAAGUUAAUUUCAUUGAAAUGGACUAGCAAAUAUGUUUACUAAGUCAUGUAGGAUUAUGACAUUGGCAUCUGGAUUCAUUCAUAGUCAUAACCUUACUUUAGCGCAAAUCCAUUUUACAUCAAUGCAAUUACUUAUCCAAGCAUGAAGACUUACGGUAUCAAAUGAUUUUGGAGAAGAUACUUGUUCCAGAGAUGUAUAACGAUUAUACGCUUAUGACAUAGUUUUCCUUAAAUUGGGGAUUUGUGAGGUGUCAGGGUUUUUUUCUUUUCUCAAUGCCAUAAACCCUAUAAAUAUUGAAUUCAUGUUAACAAGUAGGUGGAAAUCAAGUUUGUACUACAUGGUUUGACAUAACAUUAUUUAUUGCAUACAACGGCUGAUUAAAAAGUUUUAUUAACCAUACGAAUGACUGGAAUAUACUUGUGGUAAACCAAAUAUAGAUGUCUGAUUCUUAGUCGCAUUUAGUUAAAUAUACAGCAUUUUAACUCUCAAAACACGUUUUAAGAACAACAUAAUCAAUGUAUACACUUCGUCUUAACCAAUUCCAUUUUGAAAUACAAUCAGUAUUUAACAAUACCUCGCGAGAAAACCUUUUGACACCAACUCAAAUACUUUUCCAGUCAUUUGAAAUAAAUAUUGCCACAUUGCAGAAUUUAUGAAAGGAAUAUACAUAACUUCAAGUUUAAGUGGGUAUAUAACGAGGUCAAAAUAAAUCUCAUUGAUUAUAAUCUUCACUGAUAUUUAUCUAUACCGGAUUCGGCAUUAUUUUAUUUUGGCGCUGCCACUUUCGGUCUUGAAAUUGUCAAGAAAUAAAAUGAAAGGAAUAACAUCAGCAUGGCCUUACGCAGCAGGUAGGGGCAGGGAGGAAAAUUUCACCCCCGAAUUUUCUGAAAACUACAAUUCUUUUAAUGAAAAAAUUUACAAGUACGUACAAACUCCUUUAAUUUCAUUUUUCGAAAUAAAGCGCCCAACUGACCAGCUCGAUCGCUUUGCUCCCACGCUUUUGAUUUUUUUAAAACUUCAUGCGUGCUCCCCCAGUAAAAAAUAACGUAGGGUCAUGUAGAUCAGUGAUACACCCUUGACCUUUUAAAGACACAUUCUGAGUUAUGAAAGACAUAUGUAUUUGGUGAGAAAAUAUACUGUGAUAAGAUAUAAAAUAGAUUCGGGAUUUAGCAAGGGAUGUGGUAACUUUGAUUCCACCAACCAUUCAGAUAAUUAGAAGUCAAUGAUCAUUGCUUCACAUCCAAUCAAGAGGUGGUAUUCACUGAUUUCAUCAUUGCAGACAAUUAUUUCAGUUGAUAAUGGUUUACGUACAUUGUGAUUGUAUGAUGGUAAUGUCAGCAAAGUCCUUCAUCGACCGAGAACCGCUUAUCUCAAACUGUUACCAUGGUAACUACCUGAGAAUAAAAACUUUCCAGCACUGAUAAACCUCAUAAAAUAUUGCCCUGGAGACCGUUUCAAUAAAGUCGUCUAGACUGACUAAGUAUGUUGGUACCAAUAUUUCAACAAGUAGAUAUAUAAAGUUUUCUUUUCGUUUUAUCAUAGCUUUUUGUCUAUGUAGUCUUAUCACAAGACUACAUAUAGUAAUAUAUUCAACUGUCGCAUUGUUAAUAAAUGAUGUUGAAUAUAGACAAAAAAUUUAACUUUUGUAUGUUAUUUAAGUCAAUAAAGAGUUUACAUUAUUGAAAUAUUAUUUUUUUUCAAUGUAUAGCCUAUCAUUUGAUGUUAACAAUAUCACCUUGGAAGAUUGUUUUGGUUGUAAAUUGUAGAACAACGUGACUAUAACUGUAGGGACAUGAGAGGGAGACACGUCCCUGGUAUGUCAAUAACCAAUACUUGCUGCAUGUGCUUUGAAUGUUAUGCACCUUAAAAGUAUUUAUGCCUUGGUAUCUCAGAUAAGACAAAAAUAAAUGCAAACUAUGGACAGGAGAUGGAGCAAAGCAAGUACUACCGAAAUACUAAAAUUGACAAAUUUCUGAAGGUGUUUUGUCGGUAAAUGUUUGUUUUUGUGACAGAAGUGCACAAUAAACAAAAAAGUUGUAAAAGUUUAGACAGUUGCUAAAUCCAUGUAUUGAGCAGUCAUUAAACAACAAAUUUUGAGCAACUUGUGUUCUGAAUGUCAGACAAAGCUUGUGCUUCUGUUAGUCUGUAAAGAUUAAUAAAACAUUCCAAGUAUUUA